AUGAAGGAAAGCGACAUUGAACAAUGGCCUCCCAAAUUCUGGAAAUUCCACCUCAGUACCACUGACAAGGAACCCGUCGAAGUCGCAUACACCGAUGCUCGGAGGUUCGGCCGCGUGCGACUCGUCGACUGCCCUGGCGAUUCUAUUCGAAAAUACUCUCCGCUGGUGGAGAAUGGCCCGGAUCCCGUGGUUGACAAGGACGUUUUCACGGAAGAGUAUCUUCGCGGCAAGAUACAAUCCCGUCACGUCCCCAUCAAGGCGCUGUUGCUUGACCAGACUGUCAUCAGCGGCAUCGGAAACUGGGUUGCCGACGAGACGCUCUACCAGUCCAAGAUCCAUCCGGAACAGUACUCGGACACCUUUAGCGAUAAGGAGAUUGCGCGCCUGCACGAGGCUAUUCGCUAUGUGUGCCAGACUGCGGUGGACAAGCUCGGCGACUCGAAUGAGUUCCCUGAGCACUGGCUCUUCAACUAUCGAUGGGGCAAAGGAGAUAAGAGCUCAGCGCCCAAGCUUCCGAAUGGCGAGAAACUCGCCUUCAUAACGGUCGGCGGACGAACUAGUUGCUACGCUCCUGGUGUGCAGAAGAAGACUGGCGCUGUCGUCGCCGGCGCCAAAACAGAAUCGAUAAAGGGCGAAUCAGAGAAAGCCGAGCCUGCAAAGGGCAAGGCUGUAAAGGCCGAGCCUAAGGAAGAGGAUGACGAUGACAAGGAGGCAGUUGAAGAUAUUAAACCAAAGAGAUCACGAAAGCAGGCGGCAAAGGUUAAAGAAGAGCCAGAAGAAUCCGAUGGAGAGAGCCCGCCUGCCAAGAAGAGGCGGGGCAAAGCUGCGGCGGAACAAUCAAAGCCCACUCCCGUGAAAAAGGAGAUUAAAGAAAAAAUGACGGAGGAAGAGGGCGGUCGUCGCCGGUCCAGCCGGCUGAGGAGGUAG